CUACUGCAACGGUAAUUUAGACAUUACAGAAAUGGAAGGGAAUCCCUUUGGAAGUCAUUUAAAUAUCAAAAUCAAUUUAAAAAACUUUUGCCGCGGUUGCCUCCGCGACGAAAAUGACCUAAAACGCGUCUCGAGCCCCAGGGAACGUCUCUGCGAAAUGUUCGUUUCACUUAGCGGCAUCGAAAUUGAGAUCAACGAAGACGGCCUCCCUUUCAGCUUCUGCCAGUCGUGCGAGGAGAGGCUGAUCAACUCGUACAACUUUCGCAAGCAGUGCCUCGACUCGCACAGGUCCCUCACCGACUUCUACGAGAAAUCGACAGAGGAAGAAGCCGUCGAGGCGCCCGCCGCAAAAAUUGAAGAAGUUUGGCUGACCAGGCCACGUCUAUCUCGAUUCGAUUGCGACGAGGUGAGCGAUGCGAUCGAGAAUGCGAGGAGGGACUUUUACACUAGCACCACCUGCGUCCGGUGCGGAUUUACCAGCAGCAACUCACGAGCCUUGUCAGUGCACGUGACGCACGUCCAUAAGGACUUGAAGGAUCGAUGGUGUUCCAAAUGCAACGAGGAGUGUGACGAUUUAGAGGAACACGUACGCACGCAUUCCUCCCCGUCCUGUCGGUUUUGCAGUAAGCCGUUUCAAAGUAUCGGGCGUCUCGUCGAGCAUUUGCACUGUCAUGCCGACACCCGGCCAAUUCCGUGUACUUCUUGUGAUAAAUCGUUUGUAUCUCAUCGGCAUUUAAAGAUACAUCUGAGGACGCAUACGCAAGAAAAGCCCAAGAAGUUUGGGUUACGGGAACAUCAGAAGCAGCAUGAGUUAGACCCUGUAUGCAAACAGGAGGAGACUUUGCAGAACGACCACCCAGCUCGUCCUCCCGACCAUACGCUGUGUACAGUAUGCGGCAAGCAGUCCAAAUCCCCGUAUAAACUGAAAGUGCACAUGCGCAUGCACACCGGCGAGACGCCGUACAAGUGCGGCUUUUGCGCGCGAAAUUUCGCGACUCGCUACCAGGUGGUCGUCCACGAGCGCACGCACACCGGCGAACGACCGCACGUGUGCCACGUCUGCGGCAAGAGCUUCACGCAGUCGAGCGUUCUGAAUACUCACAUGCGGCAGCACACCGGUCGACCGGUCGUGUGCAAAAUUUGCGAUCAGCGAUUCUGCCGACCGGCCGAACUUCAGCUGCACCUGCGCAAGCAUACAGGCGAAAAGCCGUACGUGUGCAGCGAGUGUGGGCGCUCCUUUAUACAGCGCAGCCAUUUGGUUGAGCACAACAAGACCCACAGCGACCUGCGGCCGUAUCAGUGCGCUCACUGCGGCAAGGGCUUUAAGCAGCGUUCGUCGUUAAAAUCGCACCUUCGAAUCCAUUCGGGCGAAAAACCCUUCAAGUGCGCACAGUGCCCGUAUGCGUGUCGACAAAGUAGCCAUUUAACGCAGCACAUGAAGAUACACGAAGAGAGAAAGAUAGAAGAGACGUUUGUGUGUUCGGUCUGUUUUUUGGCGUUUAGCGAACAAUCUCAGCUCGUCUCGCAUUCGGCAACCGCGCACGCGCUCCACGCUUCAUCGUAGGGUUAUUGUAUUUUUAAAGAAUAAAGUAUGAAGUAUC